AUGGCGUUUAAUAACAACCAUGCACCUGUUCCAAGUCUUGAAGAAUUUCAUGUGAUCUUUAAACUGAUACUUGCAAGGGAACCUCGAGGUUUUGUUUUUGUCCAAUAUGUCGAUCCUGCUGAUGCUGCUGAAGCCAAAUACCAGAUGGAUGGGCAGGUUCUUCUUGGUCGAGAGUUGACCGUUGUCUUUGCUGAAGAAAAGAGGAAGAAACCUACUGAAAUGAGGUACAGAGAGCGAGCAAGAGGAUGUCGAUAUCGUGAAAGGAGAAGGUCCCCUCCUCCAUACUCUCAUUCACCUCGUUAUUCUCGCUUUUCGCCUUGUCAUGGAAGAUACAGAUCUCGAUGUCAUGAUUAUUCCCCUCCUAAAGAUAGGCAUUACUCAAGAUCUGUUUCACCCCAAGAAAGGCGCCACAGCCGAGUGAGGUAUUCACGUUCUCCCCCACCAUACAAUGGCUCAAGGAGCCGGAGUCUAGACAGGGGUCAAGGCCCAAGCCAGGGAAGGAGCCGUAGCCCAAGACAGAGCAGAAGCCGCCCACCACGAGAAGUUGGAAGCCCAUUCAGAAGCAGGAGCCGGAGUCCAUGCCUGGAGGAGUACAAGAGGGACCUAAAUGGGGAAAGGACUCCCAGUCAAUGAUAUAUGUCCUGCCAUCUUUUGUAUGGUUUGGUGUAUUUGAUGUAGGCUGAUGUUUAAACUAAAAUUUGUUAGGAUAUGGAGUUAAUGCUCCUGAGAUAUUCUUUAUUAAGACCCUAUUUUAACUAGUAAUCUAGUACUGAAAUUGAAGAGAUGUUUUGUCCACAAUUAGUUG